AUGUUUCAACGCUUUGCCAAUUGGUUUUGGAGCGAGGACAUUUGGCUUCCUCCGGGCAUGCAGUGGUCCGCCUUACAAAGCGCCGUGAAACUUAAGUUGCCGGAGUUCUCGGAUCUGCGACUUUCUUUGUACUAUGCAUUUGCGUUUUUGAUCAUGCGAGCAGUCUUCGAAUGGUUCAUCGCUCGUCCACUCGGUUAUGCGUUAGGUAUUCGCGAUGGUGGCAGUUCAUUACCUCAUCUUUUCGCCUGCGUUUUGCGUCGCUGUCGCAAUAUUUGGCUCGCAUUCAACAAUGGCUUGAUAAACGGCUAUUGCUGCAAGACAGCUAAUGAUGAACGGUCGUCGUCGUCGAACACUGUUCCCGAAAUUAUUCACGUUAUCCUCCAUAAGACAACGUUAGACAAGUUUUCCGAAUCAUGGUAA